GUACAGACUCCAGUUACGUGAUUCCCCUAACCCAGCGGCUUGCAUGUCGUUGCUUCCGACAGCUUUAGCGCCCUUUCAGCACCCCCCGUCAGCACCCUAAAUUUUCAGCAUCGUAUCACGUUGAACACGCGUUUCAUCCCCAUCCCGACUGCGAGAGCCACCAGCGGCCGUGUCGAUGGUUUUGUGUUUGCGUUGGUAACCUUUCUUUAUUCUUCGUAUCCACAACUCCUUCUUCCUACGGCAUCUUACCAUGGAGCGCCACAAAGCAGCAGUCCGUCUCAUUUCCUCCACAAUCCGCUCCUACUUUGAGCGCGCUCUCCCCUACCGCAUCAACCAUGGGUCCACCAACUCGACCCGGCCAGCACACUUGAAGAAGUCCUCACACCUAGUUGACAUCUCGGCACUGAAGCAUGUUCUCGAGGUGAACAAGGCCAAGCGCACCGCUCUCGUCGAGCCCAAUGUCCCCAUGGACGCGCUCGUGGCUGCCACGCUGCCGCACGGCCUGGUCCCCCCUGUAGUUAUGGAGUUCCCUGGCAUCACUGCUGGUGGUGGGUUUGCUGGCACGGCCGGGGAGAGCUCGAGUUUCAGGCACGGGUAUUUUGACGAGACGGUCAGAAGUGUGGAGAUGGUGUUGCCGGACGGUGAGGUCGUCCAGGUCACCCCCGACGAGAAGGGCAAGUAUGCGGAUCUGUGGAAAGGUGCAGUUGCCAGCGUGGGCACCCUGGGUGUCACGACUUUGCUGGAACUGCAACUGCUAGAAGCCAAGAAGUUCGUCAAGACGACUUACCGAAGGACUAACAGCGUAGCCGAGGCGAUCAGGAUCGUGAAGGAGGAAACUGCCAAGAAGGAGAACGAUUACGUUGACGGCAUUCUGUUCUCGAAGAACCAUGGCGUCAUUGUCAGUGGGACCCUGACCGAUGAGGGACCGAGUAACGGCGAAUCCAUUCAGACCUUCAGUGGACCGUGGGAUCCGUGGUUCUACAUGCACGUUCAGGACGUCACCAAGACUCUACCAUCAUCAGAAAGCGCAACAGGGAGCGAGGCCAGUAGUGUGACUGAGUAUGUCCCCCUUGCGGAAUAUCUUUUUAGAUACGAUCGUGGUGGCUUCUGGGUGGGUGCUGCGGCAUUCGAUUACUUCAAGCCUGUCCCAUUCACUCGCUUCUUCCGCUGGUUCCUCGAUGAUUUCUUACACACCCGCAUGUUGUAUCGUGCCCUGCAUGCCAGUGGCGAGAGCGCCAAGUUUUUUGUUCAGGAUUUGGCGAUACCCUAUGAAACAGCCGAGGAGUUCAUUGACUACACAACCGACUCUCUUAACAUCUGGCCUCUGUGGUUGUGUCCGCUGAAGACGCCUGAAGGCCCUACAUUCCAUCCGCACUUACGAGGCAAGGGCGCUGGCGAGAUGUUGAAUAUUGGUGUCUGGGGCUGGGGACCUAGUGAUAAACAAGAGUUCGUCAAGGUGAACCGCGGUCUCGAGGCAAAGGUCACUGAGCUAGGUGGCAUGAAGUGGCUCUACGCACAUACCUACUACAGCGAGCCGGAAUUCUGGGAGACUUAUGGAAACCGAGAGUGGUACGAGGAGCUGAGGAAGAAGUACCAAGCUACAAGUCUGCCGAAUGUGUACGAUAAAGUAAGGGUCAAGGAUGCGCCGCCGGAGCAAGGCUGGAAAGGAAUGAUUAAGGGUAUCUGGCCACUGGGCGGAUUGGUUGGCAUUGUCAGAGGCAUUCAAAGCAAGGACUAUAUGUUGCACAGAAAUGCCCCCUGGAAGUGGUCUGCUCAAGGAAAAGAGAAGACGGAGUAGAUGAAGAAUUGCUGUAAGAUUACGUGGGGUCUCUUAGCACUUUGCUUUAGGUGGGUACUAUAGACAUAGACAGACGUAUAGCAUAUGUACAAUCGCAUGAGCAUCAAUAAACUUACUGCCU